AUGAUCUCAAAAAGUUUCGUUCUUGGCCUUCUCACCUUAACAUGGCCGCUUCUUAAAGUGGUUUUCCAAUUCUAUACAACAGGCACUGCCUACUCCAAGAGUGACCCAGAGUUUGCUACAUCUUUGGCUGCGAAUAUCAGACUUACCUUGAUGAGCCACUUGGGCGAUUACCUUGAAGCUACGGAUUUCCAGAUAUUUCCAUUCCCCAUGACUCCCUUAUUUGGGAAGCUUGGUGGGAGGAAGUUUGCCCAAUUGCGUGGUUUUGGCGACCCUGUUGCUGGUAAAGAUACACUAGUAUGGGUUCUGAAGCCUGAGGGAGCAAAGAAGGCGGUGCUUUAUCUUCAUGGCGGUGGGUAUGCCUUGCCUUUACUGAUUGGUCAGUUGGAGGGUAUUAUAGCCGUUAACUAUGCUAUUAAACCGGAAAAUAGAGACUCCUUGGCAUUGGCCAUUCUCGACUACCUGCCUACUGCUUAUGGAGACACAUACCCAACCCAGAUAUUUGAAGCAGUGGAAGCGUAUAGGGAGUUGGUCAGUCAAGGCUACGAGGUUGUGGUUCUUGGCGAUUCAGCUGGCGCCAACUUGGCCUUAGCGGUGGCCCGGUUCUUUGCUUACCCAGAAGAAGCCAAAGCCCACUUUUCCCAGUACCCUAAGUUUGCGUGGAACUUUAGCGUGGUAGCGGCUCCACGCCAUUUGGUGCUUAUUUCACCAUGGAUUCUGCCAUACACAGCGCCAGAGCCUACUCCAGGUGUAGACCAUUCAGGCGACUCCAGCCCUAAAAAAGCCGAUAUGGGUCUUUGGUACAUUGGCAAGGAAAAGAAAGAGGAUGUAUGGCCAUUUGUGAAUUUUCAAAAGACUAACUAUGCUGAUCACUGGGCGAAGGUUCCAGCGUUCAACGGUGAAGGCGGUUGUCUAUUGACGUAUGGAGAAAGAGAGCUUCUACGUAAAGGCCAGGAGGAAUUCUGUGCAAGGAAUGCUAGGCAUAUUUCUGUACAUAUGUAUCCAGGUGGUGUCCACGACGCCAUGUUUGCAGCCGAGGCAAGGAACUUGGGGAAUGAUGAGGCUAUCAUGGCUGGAGCGCAUAGAAGCAAGUUUACAUUUGGCUUAGUGGGCAAGUUUCUAGAUGAGGUUUGCCAGGAAGAGUGA